CCCUCAAGGCCGCGGGGUUUGGUUGCACACAGGCUGCAGUUUCAGUUUGUUUUAUUCACCAUUUUGAGUAGCUGAAGGUAAAAAAUUAAGAAUAUUUGCAUUUGGAGGACAAGUCGCUGCCGUACUUUUAUUUUUACGCGCUAGCUAGGACGGCGGAGUUGUGCGCCAACCUCGCUCCCCCUCGGUGUUUUGCAGAGCGGGAAUCUAUAUUUCUUUUUUCCCCUGUGCUUUUUCUUCUCCCCCCCUUUGUUACAUCCUUAACCUCUACAGUAUUCCUGCAAAAUGUCAAGACCAGUGAGGAACAGGAAAGUGGUGAACUACUCACAAUUCAACGAGUCUGAUGAUGCAGAUGAGGAGUAUGGUGAGAACAAGCCUAAGAAGGUGCGUGCAGCCCCUCGUGAGCCCAAGCACAAACGCUCAAAGAACUCACAGGAUGACAGUGAGGAGUCUGAUGACAAGCUCUCAAAAUCCAAAAAUGAUUCAGCAGAUGACUUUGGCAGCGAUGAGGAAGACAAUGACUUUGGAGAGGAGGAUGAUGAAGAUGGAGGAAGUGACUAUGAAGAAAAAAAAGGCAAAAAGGGAAAGAAAGCCAAGGUGGAAAAGCCCAGCAAGAGGGGGCCAAAGAGAAAACGGGCUGCAGACGACAGUGAUGAUGACAGGGAAGUGAGUCGAAAGCGUACAGUGCGCCAGGCGGCCUCCAAGGCUGUGUCCAAACAGAGGGAGAUCCUGCUGGGCGAUGGAGGCAGCGAGGAUGAGGAGCAUGAAGACCAAGAGGAACCCUAUAUGGACCCUGACGAGUCCGGCAGUGAUGAGGACUUCAUGGUGGAGGAUGAUGAUGACAGCGACUAUGGGCGCUCCAAGAAGAGAGGCAAGAAGGUGAUUCGACGGGGACGGCCAGACAAGAAAGAGAAGAAAAGCCCCAAGCCCCGGCUAAAGGCCACAGUGACCCCCAGCCCAAUGAAAGGAAAGGGGAAGGGGCGCCCGAGCGCCAAGGCCCUGGAGAAGAGCUCACCCAAAGAAGAGGAAGAGGAGGAGCCUGAGAGUCCCCUGGAGGAAGAAGAGGAGGAGACAGAGAAGAAAGAGACCUCCCCAGCUCCCAAGACGACAAAGGAGGCCACAGGAGGAGAUGAGGAGGAGGAAGAUGAAGAGGAGGAGGAUGGAUCAGAAGAGGAGGCACCCUCUGGAGAAGACUAGAAGAUGGUACCUGCUGAAACCCAUCCUCCAUGUCUCUUUCUCUGUCUCUUCUCAAAGUUUUCUUUUAUCGCUCUGCGUUAGUUUUUUGUUUUGUUUUGUUUUGUUUUGUUUUCCUUCUCCUGGUGGCCUGGCUCAAUGGUUUGGACUUGGUGUGCUUUUUCUUGUUUUGCUUCUCCCCUCUCCAACUAAGACAUUGUGCUCAUGUGAUCAUACAGUAUAUGUAAGGAGUCACAGCAUUCAGCCUUACCCACCCUCCUAUCCUUAUAAGUGACACUCUGCAUUGCAGUGUGAAAAUCCAGUUUCUGCCUUUCUAAGAGCUCAGUGCUAGUGAGCGUCCGUCCUGAGUGUGAACAAACCAACACACUUUUUUGUUUGAUUUUUUUUUUCCUCCCCUGGGAUUAUCAGUGAUCUGACAUGACUGACCACACACUUUAUCUAGUAAACUUUACUGAUAUGUGCAAUUACUGGAAAUAAUGUUUAGAGCGUCUCAGUAUCAGUUAGUAAAGCGCUGUAUUUACAAAGCAACACUAAAUCAACAUGCAGAGGGCUGAAGCCUUUAGCCUCUUUUUAGUGCUUGGUGCUUUUAAACCAGAAGCAUGUUUUAACAUGGCAGCAUUUGUUGUUUUAAAACCUUUCAAACUCUUCUUUCAGUUAAAGGCCUAGUCAGCGAUUCUAAUCCAACACACUUUUAGUCAAAUUCAGUGAGUAUCCCUUGAUGUUCCACUAGCUGUCUGUUCUGUGUUCAUAGUCAGCCCUGCCAUAAUACUAUUUCAGCCAAUUAGCAAUAGGGGCCGCUGCUGCUUGUGCAAAGGACAGAGCAAAGGCCGUGGAUGUAUAAAGAGAAAGGCAGUGGGAGCGAGAGGCACUAUAACUCUGGCACAUGUUGGGAGGGGGUGUGCUUGUUUGAGUGUUCAGCAUUUCUCACAGAAUUAGAGUGAAUGUGUGGCAAUAGCUAAGGACAAAUGUUCUUUUAAAUGUCCCUUUGUAUUAUUCUGUGUCCGUCUCUAAAUUCAGAGGUUUUUGUGGGUCCAUGAACACAGCGCAGGUGGAGCUCUCCAUGAAUUCCUUUUUCCCCAAGUAGCACUUUGUGAAUCGCAGAGUGGAUAACUGAUGUGCUGAUGUGAACAGAUCAGAAGCUGGAUGAGAGGAGCAGCUGCCGCAAUUCAAUGCAAACUUUUUAGAACCAACAUAAUGAACGGUUAAGUUUCACCUCAUGUUCUGCUGCUCGGUCUCUGCCCUCAGUGCACUCCUAUUGAACGGUUCAGCUCCAAAAAUAGAAAAUCUGUUCGUGGCAUCAGAUAUUUUAAUCGUGGUGGGCUGCCACAAAUGAAUGUGUGGGAAACCCUUGUGUUGAAUUCACAUAUCAACAAUGUUUCUCCAGAAUCGCUCACUGAACCUUUAAAGCAGCUUCUUCUAUUUUAUUUGUUUUUAUUUUUAACAUCCCCCUGCUUGUUUCAGACAGUAUUGGUGCCCUGAACUCUCGUGUGGCUGCUGCUUCAUAGAUCAGUUUAAACUGUUAAAGGUGUGUUAUGUAAACUGGCAGAGUGGUGGGUCCCCGAUGUGUGUUUGCUACAUACCAAACUGCCACUAUCAUGUUUCAAGCCGGCAUGUGUGUGUUUUUAUGUAUUUGUUAUAUUGUAUGCUCGUGGGGGUACUUCUUGUAAGAGGGUCUGGCUUUUUUCUCUCUUUGCCCAUCUGCUGCCUAUGUUAAAUGGUUUCUGUUGUUUGUUGGGCUUUCUAAUGAUGCAUCAUGCUUCGUGACGCAACCCCACCCCUUUCAGAAAACACGAUCCCCGCCUCCCUGCAUGGCUACAGCAUUCUCUCAGCAUUCAACCCCUUGUGCCAGGCACCCCUAAAUCUUUUUUUGUUUGUUUUUAAGAAAUGCAAGAAGAGAUGUUUCUUUUUUUUUUCUUUUGAGAGUUAUAAGAAAAUGAAUGUUGUUUUUUUUCUCCUGUUGGUUCAUUGUUCUAAUUCUCAGAUUUUUUUUGUAAUGUUUGUUUUUUAAGAAAAGAAAUAAAAUGUAUCUUGAUUUUAAAGAAAAAAAGUUGACCCUAUCCAAUCUGUUCUGCCCGAUGGUUGGACCAGCCAUCCCUCCCUAUUAACUCCUAUCCUUUCAUUCACCUCCCCCACCCCCAGUCCCAUCAGCUUAAUGGUUACUGUUGGUAUCCAUUUUUUUGUAAAGGGUUUUGUUUACCCAUUAGUAUUUCACAGGUAGAUACAUUUUUGGAUUCAGAAUUAUACAGUGCUGAGGCUCAGAAAAGAUUGAAAUGAAGUGGGCAGCUCAGUAUAUAUCCGGCAUUUGUUUGUCUAUUAAUGCCUUAAUUUUCAUUGAGUUCAGUUUCAGUAGUGGCUCUGAUAUCAUUGUUGGAGGCCUGAGAAUGUAAUCUGUCCUCAUGUUUUAGGUCUUUGCUAAAAGUGGCAAAUUAGGCUUAAAGCAAGUCAACAAUUUGUAUGAUCAGCAGACCAUCCAAAGCCAUAAACGAUCUCAAAACUAGUGACUCAGAGAUCAGGUGCAGCACUUGUGAGAUUGUCCUUUUUUCAAUAAGUAGUGUUUUGAUGUCAAAGCAAAAAAAAAAUAAAGAUGAGGAAAAAGCUGCUAUUGUGAUCUUGGGAAUAUAAAUGCAUCAUUAGACAUCUGUUAGAGAAAUUUGGCUUGGUCCCAAGGCUGCAAUAGAAAUCAGUCCUGGAUGUUUACAGGACACUCGAACCUAGUCCUUGGUUCAGAAGCACAUUCAAUUGUUUUACAACUGUCCUUAGCAGGUUAGUGUGUUUUUCUAUGUACAGGUCCUGAAUUGGCACCCAAUCCUUAAUGCAAUUUUAAGAUGAUUGGAUAUUAACAAAGAAAUAAAACCAGUGUGUUUAUACCAAUCUAAAGCUCAGAGAGCUAUUUGCAGUAGGAUCAGAUACUGUCACGUAGUUCACAGCGUUGAGGGCUUGAACGAGGUUCCUCUCCAUCAUCCCACAGGAGGCACAUGGCAUAAGGCUGUGAAUUUCUCCUCUUUCAUCCAUUCUAAGAUUUCUUCUGUUGUAAUGUUUUUGAUGUUUUCUUUUCUAUCUACCUUCAGUUGUACUGGCAAUGUUAAUGUAAGCAAAGUUGUGAUUGACAUACAGGAGACCAAGUGGAGAAGCUUUUGUCGGGGAGGGGGGGGGGUGACGUUGAACUCUUGAAUCUUUUGCAUGUUGUGGAAAAAGUGCGAAGCGAUGAUGAUGAUGCUGGUAAUGGCAAUAUUGUGGUCUUACAAAAAAAAUAUUAACAACGGCGAUGUUGAUAAUGUUUUGAUUUCCCAGCUUCUAAUAAAGGCAACCUACUUUUUAUAAGGA